AUGCGUAAUAAAAACCCUAGUCAGCAACUGUCAGCUUUGUGUUAUGGUUUCUAUACCCUCGAUGGCACUAUACUAGAUGGCGCCAAUCGCUGGUUACAGGAUCAUCCGGGUCUUACCGUAUUUAAAUGUGAAACAGUUGAUAAACGAUUACAUGAAGCUAAAGAUGGGACAAUUGUUUAUGAAAUGAACGAAAUGCUGAGAAAUGAAUCGUCCAAUGGUUUUAGUAUAUAUGUUAAAGGACUAAGACUUUGGAUGAAAAAGAAUCCGAAACCGUCGUCAGAGACUCAGCAGAUUGGUAUAAGAAACAUAGUGCCUGAAAAACUUACGAUCGAACUUCCAACCCAUGGCCAUUACAGAAGUGGGCGUUUGGUGAUAAGCCAUGAGGUAAGAAUGCUAGGAGGCCUUCAUCCAUUCCAUACAUACGAAGGACUAGAAGAUACCAUAAACCGCCUCAAAGCUCAUCUAGUUGAUGACCCUAUACCAGGUUCGAUCCUCACUAUAGAGACUGAUAGCAUGAAGGUUUGCCAGAAGACAAAGAAAGACUUGAACCCGAACACCACGUGCUGGCUAGAGGAGAAAGAUAAAUGGCGGCGAGACACGCUCGUGCUACGUGUGUACUAUAUCAAAGGAGAACCGGCCCUGGAAGAAAUAGGUUAUAAUGACCUUGAACCUUUCAUCACUGAACCACCUGAUACCUCUAAACCAGGUACAUUCGACACAUUUGACAGCAUGAUAACUAGAAUAGGGACAUGGGUAUCGCAAAAUCAGGGAGUACGUAUUGUAAAUAUUCAGCAGUUUGAUGCAAGGGUCCACCAAUCACAUGUCGGGACGUCUCUUAACAUAUCGUCGGAUUCCACUGACCACUUUAUCGACACACAUUCGGAGAGAAGGAUGGCCCGCACUAUGCGUAUUUUUCACGUUACCACGCCGCUCACAAUCAACAGUGCCGACACCGCCACAGCCCGCCUAUUUCUACCAGCACGAACUGGCCACAAAACAUUCGAGACCAUGACUCAAACUAUGGAACGAGUGGAGGCGUGGCUACGCCUUACUGGUGCACCAGUUUUAACGGUAGAAACUGUAUAUAUCCUGUUUCACGAGCACAACGUGGAGAGUACAGACUAUACUCUGUCUGAAUACACGAUACAUGCAGAUGAGCACGGCGGAAAACACUGGCUUACCGGUAUUAGAGUAUAUUUUAGUGCAACGUUUACUGAACCGGACCCUGCCGAUUUGCCACCACUUCCUGAGUAUCAUCACGGACUUCACGGACAUGGGCCAUGUGCUAUACUAUAGCAUCAAGGGACGUUACUCUUAUAUGAUUCAACUUUAUCCAUCCAGGAGUUACUUCUCUUCUUCAAUACUUUAAAAAGCGACACU